UCCAAAUCGUAACCAACAGUCGGUUCUAAAUUUCCCAAAGUAUCCCUGCACUUUGAUUUAAUUACUGAACUGCCACCAGUUGAUUUCCUAUAUAAACAUAGCAUCACAUGUCAUUAGGUUUGCCGAAUUAGAUAGCAAAUCGGCCAUUCUAGACGCCCUUUCCCCAUCUUUUCUACUUUUUUCCAGAAUUUAAAAAAACACUAUUUGCACACCAAAGUACAACCAAUGGAAGCGUCUUCGAGAAACAGAUCCUCGCACGGUACAACCUUCCACAGCCACUUCCCGCGCUCGCUCUCGCCGUCCGGCCGCUUCUGCGCCUCCUCCAUCUCAUCGUCGGCCGCGACAUUCUCCGCCCGCUCUGAUCCCCGGCUACGAUCCGAUACGGUCAUUGCCCGAUCCACCAGCCCUACCCGCGUCAGCCUCGGCAGAUCCGUUUCGCCGUCAUCAUCGGUCCGAUUCUCCGCAUCUCAGAGGCAUCCGAUCGCUUCUCAUCACCAGAAGCAGAGCCAACGCUCUCUGCCGAAGAAGACGUGUAUGUGCUCCCCUACGGCGCACCCUGGCUCCUUCCGGUGCAGCCUGCACAAAAAUAGCAUUGUCCCCGGCUACGGCGGGAACCAGGUGUCGCCGUCCUCGUCCUAUCGGUCCAGCCAUCAAUUGAAUAUGCGCCGAUCCGCGAUGACGAAUUCGCUGGUUCGAAUUGGCACGGUGGAGGGGGAUUUGGUGAGGAGAGCAUUGGCGGCGCUGAUUCGGCCGUCGUCGCACAGCUUGCGCUGCCGGCACGACUUCCAGCCGCGGCCGAGCCGGCUCUCCGUCAUGUCGAAAGCCGAUGGCUUAUAA